GUUGCACGAGAUAGCAAAUCAGAGAUUUUGGAGAGAGCCAUGGCCGUGAAUCCUUUGUUGGCUCAGGAUGGUGCCACCCAGUCGCUGUUUCCCAUGCCAGAGAGUGGGGAGGCCUUCGUGCUCAAGCGAGACAACAUCGACUUCGAAUGCGCACUUCCCCGCGGUGGUAAACUUUGGGGAAGGGGCUGCUUCUUCCUCUCAUCGAAGAGAAUAGUCUUUGUGUCCGGGGACAAAUCCUGCCGGCAAGACUUCAGAUCUUUUGCGAUUCCCCUUCACACGCUUAGGAAGCCAAAGUUUGAGCAGCCCAUCUUUGGCGCAAACUACUUGGCUGGCUCCACGAAGCCCCUGCCCGGCAUGGAGAACGACCCAGCAGCUGCCCCACUUCUGGGUGGAGACACGGUUUUCUACUUGACCUUCCGAAGUGGGGGCUGCAAUACCUUUCUUCAGCUGCUAUUUCAGCUGCUCUCGGAGGUGCAGGAGGCUCGCGCGCAAGGGCCCAUCGCUCAAGCCGCUCAGGAGGGACGACUAAACCAGGUCGCAUAUGUUGACCCAAGUGAUCCUUCGGUGCUCUACCUGUCGCAGCCUACAGCAGUUGCUGGGUCGGAGGAGCGAACCAACUUCCAAAUGGACGCGCCAUCGGCACCUCCUCCAGAAGGUACUCAGCCAGCGCCUCCAGCUCGCAACAACAAUUGUGUGGUAUGCUGAGAGAGGGAAGAUCACGAUGCCACCGUGCAUCAGACACAUUCUCAGGUGCUUGC